AUGAGUUCAAAAGUACACUCAGUUGAUGUGGAAAAAGAUGCUUUCUCAAAUGCUAUUCCUGAGAUUGAAAUUCUGAAGAGAAGAAAGAAAGAAGAGAUAGAGAAACAACAAGUUCUUGAAAUACAGGAACUUGAAAAAGCAAGUAAAAUUCUUGGAAAGCAGUGUCUGAGUGAGAUGAAUGAAGAAGUUCUGUUAAUUCUUCAUGCUCAGGCUAGACAACUACAGGAAGUGAUCAAGUUCAAACUUGGAAUUUCAAACACAGUUCAAAAAACUUUGAAAAUUUCUAAUACAAUCACUGACUCUUCAGUUUGCUCUUCUUUCUUUUCUACUUCUUCUUCUUCUCCUUCUUUGAAUCAGAAGAAAACAUAUGCUCAAGCAGCUGAAUCUGCUGUCUCUAAACCUGCUGUCUCUAAACCUACUGUCUCAAAACCUGCUCAAAAUUCUGAGAAAACUGAGAAGAAUACUGCUCAUGCCUCUAUUCAUAGAAAAGUGGAAAAGAAAAUGCAAAAAGAGAAAAACUUCCAAAUCUUCAGAAAUAGAAGACUUAUUCUCAAAGUCUCAAAUCAGGACAUUCUGCAAAGAAACAAGCUAAACUCAAAUCUCAUUUUCAGAAUCAGAAAUGAAAUUAACCAGCAGUUCUUUUCUCAGUUAAUGACUGAUAUUGAAGUUCAAAAACCAGUUAUAGCUUCAAUUGAAUCAUCAUUCUUUGAAAACUCCAUCAUUCUGACUACAAUGCCUGAAUUCAGUGCUGAAUUCCUUAUUCAGAAUGAGAAUCUCUGGAAGUCAGCAGUAGAAUCUUUGUUAAACACAACAAUUCUAUCUGAAAGAGAUGAAAAGUGGGGCAAAUUCAUUCUUCAUGAUAUUUCAGUUGAAAUUUUUGACUGUGAAGAAGGAAUGCUACUUCUCAAAAAUGAAUUGGAAGAAUACAACUCUAUUCAACUGAGAAAGGAGCCUUCAAAGAUCUCUGAAGUAAGAGUAGCAGAGACUCAAAAUGUGCAUUCUGUGCCAGAGAUCACAAAACUAGUGAGCAUAAAUGUGAAACAUGCUCAAAAAGAGGUGAAAUUUGUCAACACACUCUGCUUAAGUGCUCUAAUUGCAAAGAAAAACAUGCAUCUAGCUCAAAAGAAUAACUUGAAUCCUCAAACUCCUGUUAAGAUUAGAGAAUUGAGAAAUGACUCUGGUGAUAAACUAGAUAUAAUGCAAGCAGUUGAGAUUCCUACUUUUCAGAACAGUUAUAAUCUACUAUCUGAUGAUAGUGAUUAGAUUCUACUCUACUCUCUUUUAGUAUGAAUAUACAAC